AUGUUAAACAAGGGAUCAGAGAAGACAUGGGAAAAGAAAAAGCCAGUUUCCAAAGGUGGCAAGAGGCCUACAAAGAAUAUUAGGAAGAAAACAGCCUGCAAAGUUUCCUCUGCUUCCCAGCUUGUUAACUACAGUGGUCAUGCCAACCGGGAGGGAGAAUUAAAGCAGAAGAGGGUGGAGCAGAUGAGAGAGAAGCAGCAGGCUGCCCGGGAGCAAGAGAAACACAGACGCAGGACCAUAGAGAGCUACUGUCAGGAUGUCAUGAGACGCCAGGAAGCAUUUGAGCGCAAGGAGGAAGUUUUACAGGAAUUAAAUAUGUUUCCUCAGCUGGAUGAUGAAGCCACAAGGAAGGCUUAUUAUAAGGAGUUCCGUAAGGUGGUGGAGUACUCUGAUGUGAUUCUGGAAGUCUUGGAUGCCAGAGAUCCUUUGGGCUGUCGCUGCUUCCAAAUGGAGGAGGCUGUCUUACAGGCAGAUGGCAAUAAGAAGCUGGUCUUGGUCUUAAACAAAAUUGACCUGGUACCCAAGGAAGUUGUCGCAAAGUGGCUGGAUUACCUUCGGAAUGAACUGCCAACUGUAGCGUUCAAGGCCAGUACCCAGCAUCAGAUAAAAAACCUGAACCGCUGCAGUGUGCCAGUAGAGCAGGCCUCUGAGUCAUUGCUGAAAAGCAAAUCCUGUUUUGGAGCUGAAAACCUCAUGAGGAUUCUGGGGAACUAUUGUCGCCUUGGUGAAGUGCGCACCCACAUCCGUGUGGGGGUUGUGGGCCUUCCCAAUGUCGGGAAGAGCAGCCUGAUCAAUAGCCUGAAGCGCAGCCGUGCCUGCAGUGUGGGAGCUGUUCCUGGAGUUACCAAGUUCAUGCAGGAGGUCUACUUGGACAAGUUCAUUAGGUUGCUGGAUGCCCCAGGCAUUGUCCCAGGACCCAAAUCAGAAGUGGGCACCAUCUUACGCAACUGCAUCCAUGUGCAGAAGCUAUCAGACCCUGUGACCCCAGUGGAGACCAUCUUGCACCGCUGUAAUCUGGAGGAGAUUUCCAACUAUUACGGCGUCUCUGGGUUCCAGACCACUGAACACUUUUUGACUGCAAUAGCCCACCGUUUUGGAAAAAAAAAGAAGGGAGGCCUAUACAGUCAGGAACAGGCAGCCAAAGCUGUCCUGGCUGACUGGGUGAGUGGAAAGAUCAGCUUCUAUACACUACCACCACCCACCCACACUUUACCUACUCAUCUCAGUGCUGAGAUUGUUAAGAAGAUGACGGAGGUCUUUGACAUUGAGGACACCGAAAAGGCCAACGAAGACACGAUGGAAUGCUUGGCCACUGGAGAAUCUGAUGAGCUGUUGGGUGACAUGGACCCGCUCGAGAUGGAGAUCAAGUGGCUCCAUUCUCCGACGAGGAAAAUAGCAGAUGCUGUUGAAAAUAAAACCACCAUGUAUAAGAUUGACAAUCUCACUGAUUAUUGUACCAAUCCAAAUACGCAGCAAGUGGGGUGGGCUAAACACAAUGUUGACCACUGUCCCAAGAAUAAUAAUAGCAUGCCAGACAUUUUCUCAGUUGACCGCCGCCCAGUGCUGCAGAGGAUCAUGGAAACGGACCCUCUGUACCAGGGCCAAGCUCUGACCUCUGCUCUGAAGAAUAAGAAGCAGCAACAGAAACGUUCAGAUAAAAUUGCCAGCAAGCUGUCUGAUUCCAUGAUGUCUGCUCUUGACCUCUCUGGCAACACUAAUGAAAGUGCUGGUGACUGA